GGAGGGACGGCCGAGCAGGCUUAGCAGGCGGAGAAGCCGGGCGCCCCCCGCCGCCGCCCUCACCCCAGCCCUCGCCCCGCAGCCUUGCCGGCCAGCGAUGACAUCAACGGGGAAAGAAGGCAGCGGGGCGCAGCACGCGCAGUAUGUGGGACCCUACCGCCUGGAGAAGACGCUGGGCAAGGGACAGACAGGGCUUGUGAAGCUGGGGGUUCACUGUGUCACAUGCCAAAAGGUUGCAAUCAAAAUCGUGAACCGGGAGAAGCUCAGCGAGUCAGUGCUGAUGAAGGUGGAGCGGGAGAUAGCCAUCCUGAAGCUCAUAGAACACCCACAUGUUUUAAAGCUGCACGACGUUUAUGAAAAUAAAAAAUAUUUAUACUUGGUGCUAGAACAUGUGUCGGGUGGUGAGCUCUUCGACUAUCUGGUGAAAAAGGGGAGGCUGACCCCCAAGGAGGCCCGCAAGUUCUUCCGACAAAUCAUCUCUGCUCUUGACUUCUGCCACAGCCACUCGAUAUGCCACAGGGACCUGAAACCCGAAAACCUUCUGCUGGACGAGAGGAACAACAUCCGAAUAGCGGACUUCGGGAUGGCGUCACUGCAGGUUGGGGACAGCUUAUUAGAAACCAGCUGCGGGUCACCUCAUUACGCCUGCCCCGAGGUGAUCCGGGGCGAGAAGUACGACGGCAGGAAAGCAGACGUGUGGAGCUGCGGGGUCAUUCUGUUCGCCCUGUUGGUGGGGGCGCUCCCUUUCGACGACGACAACCUGCGGCAGCUCCUGGAGAAGGUGAAGCGAGGGGUGUUCCACAUGCCGCACUUCAUCCCCCCCGACUGUCAGAACCUGCUCCGGGGCAUGAUCGAAGUGGACGCCUCCAAGAGGCUGACGCUAGAACACAUUCAGAAACACAUAUGGUAUAUAGGGGGCAAGAAUGAGCCGGAGCCAGAGCAGCCCAUCCCCCGAAAGGUGCAGAUCCGAUCCCUGCCAUCCCUGGAGGACAUCGACCCCGACGUCCUGGACAGCAUGCAUUCUCUAGGCUGCUUCCGAGACCGAAAUAAACUCUUACAGGACCUCUUAUCAGAGGAGGAAAACCAAGAAAAAAUGAUCUAUUUUCUCCUCCUUGACCGGAAAGAAAGGUAUCCCAGCCAUGAGGAUGAGGACCUCCCCCCACGGAAUGAAAUAGACCCCCCCAGGAAGCGUGUGGACUCCCCAAUGUUGAAUAGACAUGGGAAGAGGAGGCCUGAGAGGAAGUCCAUGGAGGUCCUCAGUGUGACGGACGGUGGCUCCCCAGUCCCCGCCCGCCGAGCCAUUGAGAUGGCCCAGCAUGGCCAGAGUAAAGCCCUGUUCAGUAAAAGCCUGGAUAUCUCUGAAGCCCAUCCCAAAUUCAGCAAAGAAGACAGGAUGGCCAGUGCCAGUGCAUUGGGGUCCCGGUCAAUCAGCGGUGCGUCGUCGGGGCUCUCCACCAGCCCUCUCAGCAGCCCCAGGGUGACCCCUCACCCCUCUCCGAGGGGCAGCCCCCUCCCCACCCCCAAGGGAACGCCCGUGCACACGCCAAAGGAGAGCCCGGCGGGCACGCCCAACCCCACCCCGCCGUCCAGCCCCAGCAUCGGAGGGAUGCCCUGGAGGACACGGCUCAACUCCAUCAAAAACAGCUUCCUGGGGUCUCCUCGCUUCCACCGGCGGAAACUGCAGGUCCCUACACCAGAGGAGAUGUCCAACCUGACCCCAGAAUCAUCCCCAGAGCUCGCCAAGAAGUCUUGGUUUGGUAACUUUAUCAACCUGGAGAAAGAAGAGCAGAUCUUUGUGGUCAUCAAGGACAAGCCGCUGAGCUCCAUCAAGGCUGACAUUGUGCACGCCUUCCUCUCGAUCCCGAGCCUCAGCCACAGCGUCAUCUCCCAGACGAGCUUCCGCGCAGAAUACAAGUCCACGGGCGGGCCAGCCGUCUUCCAGAAGCCCGUCAAGUUCCAGGUGGACAUCACCUACACGGAGGGGGGCGAAGCCCAGAAGGAGAACGGCAUCUACUCAGUCACUUUCACACUUUUGUCAGGUCCAAGCCGGCGCUUUAAGAGGGUGGUGGAGACCAUUCAGGCCCAGUUAUUAAGCACGCACGACCAGCCGUCAGUCCAGCAGUUAUCAGACACCACUAACUGUAUGGAAUUGAUGACGGGGAGGCUUUCCAAAUGUGGCAGCCCAUUGAGUAACUUCUUUGACGUAAUUAAACAACUUUUUUCAGACGAGAAGAACGGGCAGGUGGCCCACCCCCCCGGCACGCCAACCAAGCCUAGCGCCCACAGCCAGCGGAGAGAGGCCGAGGCGCCUGCCGCCAAGUACCCGGGCGGCAGAGACAAGGCAAAGUCGGCCGCACCAGCCGCCAGCCAAGAGCAACCCUAGAGACAGACUGACGCCCGCCUGCCCGCAUAGAGCCGCCCCUACCCCUAAGCACAGCGCCGAGCCCGCGCGAGACCCGCGGCCUCCGUAGGGAGCCGGCCUGGCCGCCGGCGGGACGGGCAGAGCAGGCUGGCACUGCUGCCAGGGCAGCCGCGGGAGCCCGGGCCGCCCGGACCAAGGACUGUGUAUAUGUAUACGACCAUAUAGAUAUUAUAUAUAUAUUAUAUAUAUACAUACAUACAUAUAGAUUUAUAGUCACGCUAUGCUCUGGGCGCCCAGGCAGGGGACAGGCGGAGCCGCUGACGGACGGGCAGGCAGGCGGCACAGACGGACAGACAGACGGCACGGACACAUAGCACAGACUUCGCAAAGCACUGGCUGAGGACGGCGGGUUCUGGCCAGGGCACCCGGGCCUCCCUCUCCUCCCCCCCGCUGCUCUGCUCCCUCCCCCAGCGGGGGCUUCAGGCCUUUCUGGGCUCCUGAUUUGGCCCUGGUUCACUCUGAGCGCUCUCUGUCUCCUCCCCUCCUCGUCUCUUUCUGUCUCUCCUCUGUCCCCGUGUCUCUGAGUCUGUCUGUGUGUCCUUUUCUUUCCUCUCAAUCUAUGGAACUGUCUCUGUUUCCUCUUUCUCCCUCUAUGUGUGUCUAUCUCUCUAUCUCUGUCCCUGUGUGUGUCUCUCUCUCCUCUCAUUCUCUUUGCGUGACUGUCUCUCUCCAUCUGUGUCUCUGUCUCAUUAUAUGUCUCUCUCCUCUCUCUGUCUCUGUCUCUGUCUCCUCUGUCUGUUUCUCCACAUCUGUCCCAUUAUGUUUCUGUCUCUUUUUUGUCUCCCUCCCUUUUGUGUUUCUUUCCGUGUGUCUGUUCUCUAUUCUGUCUGUGUCUGUCUCUGUUUCUCUGUCUCUCUCUUUUCUGUUUCUCUAUGGGUGUCUCAUUGUUUCUUUCUCUCUGUGUGUCUUUGUGUCUGUCUCCCUCUGUCUGUUUCUCUUCGUCUGUGUCUCAUGUUUCUCUCUGUCUCUGUCUUGUCUCCCUCUGUUUCUCUGUGUCUCAUUAUAUGUUUCUCUAUUUCUCUGUCUCUGACUGUGUCUCUCUUUGUGUCUCUGUCUCCGUCUCACUGUCUCUGUCUCUCUACGUCUGUGUCUCAUGUUUCUCUCUGUGUCUCACUGUCUCUGUCUCUUGUCUCUGAUGCCGUGGCUUGUUUCCGCUCUGAUCCCAGGAAUUAUUCCGCAAAGUUAACAUGUCAUCGCCGCCAGCUGCCGCCCGCCGCCUUCCGCGCUUGGAGGACUCAGGAUGGAAGGCAGCCGCUUCGGAUUCAGGCCCUCCUCCUCCCGAGCCUCCCGGGCCCCCCCUCCCGCCUCCCUCCACGGCCCGCGGGGCCGAUGGAGCCCAGCUCAGUGCGGCCCACCGGAGGACCCCAAACCUCUUCUUAGGGCGGGAUCAGAAAGCACAGCCUCCGGCCUCCGGCCCGCCUGCCCGCGGAGAGCUCUGGGCGCGCCAGCGGUGGGACGGCCCGGCCCGGCCCGCCCGAGGGUGGGCGCCAGCACCCCAGGAGCCACAUUAGCGAUACCUCGUCAUUCCCGGGCUCUUCCUCCGUCCGUCCCUCCGGCCUGCGCCCACCGGCAUCUCCACCCGUCCCCCUCAUUUCUGCCUUUCUCUCCCUCUCCGUCUCUGUCUCCGUCUCCGUCUGUCUUCCCUCCCCCUUUCUUUGCACUGGUUUUUCCCGUUCGGUUUCUUUGGGGGGCCUUGAGAUCGCCCCGGCUUCAGAGAGCCCCUCCUGGCCAUGGUGGCGGGCGAGGGGAGGCGGGGGCGCCGGGGCGGGGGAAACCGCUCCGCCCCCGGCCCAGAGCGUCCCGGAGCAGAGGAGCCAGAGGUGGGGCGCGUCCCCCCGGCCGCCCAGCCCCCGCCUCCUGCUGGCCGGGGUUCGGGAGAGCCCGCCGGCGCCGCCCCGAGCUCAGUAUUACUCCCCGGCCGUUUUCGUUCCCGUGGUUUCUCUGGUCCUCUCUUCAGGGAAGAGACAGUGUUCUCGGUCUGUCCGCUUGUCCGUCUGGGUGUCUGUCCGUCCGGGGGGGCCGGGGCCCCCCAGAGGGAGGCUCCCGGCAGCUGGCGCGGAGGCAGGGCCAGGGCCACACAAAGCUACUGUAAACUUGAAAAGAAUUCCUGCGAGAUAUUUUUCUAAACUUUUUUCCUUGGUUGUUUUUGGAGGGGGGCGGGGCGGGGCCUGGCGCUGGGGGGCGGGCGGGCGGGCUUUGUGUUUCCGUUAUUAGCUCUUGGUUAUUUAUAUCUACAUAUACAUAUAUCUACGGAACGCCGCGGAGCUCCGGGGUUGCCGCGGCGCGCGGGGGCCACGCCAAGGCCGGGUCACUCGGGGAAGGGGCCGCCGGGAGCCGCCGCGGCAGCCCAGAGCUGUCCGCUUCAGCACCGCGGGACUCUCCGCAAAGCAGGACAAAGUCACGCGUUCUCUUUCCUACUCUGUGUUCUCUGUACAUAAUGCUGAGGGGGCGGGGCGGGGCGGGGCGGGGCUCGGGAGCCCCUCCGCUCCGGACGGGCCCCGCUCUCCCGCCCCGCCCCGCCCCUCCACCUGCCGGGCCUCCGCUUCCCACUUUCCAUUGGCUCUCCCAGACUCCGCCCACGGUGCAGAGCGCGCGCCCGGCCUGGCCGCAGGGAGCGCCGGGGAGGGAGGGGCACGGUGCUGAGGGCUGGUCGGCGGGCGGGCAGGCAGGUGACCGAGGACAGGGCAGUUUUUAAUUGCAUGCCUUUACUGUAAUUAGUCCAUUUUGCUUUUGAUGUCUUUCCUGCCUCCUUUCGAAGCCCUCCUCCCCUCCUCCUUCCGUCUAGGUUAAAGGCACCUCCACAAAGGCUGGGAUUUCAAUACCGAGGAAGAGUCCCGGCAAGCCCGAAGGCGCGACAAGCAGGGCGGGGCUCCUCCCACACAAAGACAUGAGGAUCACCAAAAGCAAUACCACUUGUUAGCCUUCCUUCCUUCCGGUUUUGUACUUGGAACACAAUGUAUACUCGCGCGCGCGCGCGCUGCAAAUGGACAGUCUCCAUCUGAUGUAUCCCUUGUCAGAUAACUAACUGUGAGCAACUUCAGUUCGGAACCAAUAAAUUCAUUCAGUGAAGACAUCA